GAAAAUGGAAGACAUCAGUAAUCCUUACUUAAUCCUUAUAAAUUUCUAGGAAGCUUCGGCAAGGCCGACAUGCGCUAAAUUCCUUGAGGAAGGGCGAUUGAAUAAAACCCCAAAGCAAGAAAUCUCAAACCAUUUCCUUUCCCCCUUUUCUUCACUCCACUCGACCCGAGACCGAGAGAGUGAGAUCCGACCCUACCCGACUCUAAAAUGUCUCUCCCUCUCCUCCUCCUAAUCCUUCUGGCCUCCGCCGCCCUCGCCGCGGCCGAGAUCCGGUCCACCGAGACCCGAUCCGAUGGCCGGCCCUUAAUCCUCCUCGACGAGUUCGGCUUCACCCACCGCGGUCAGCUCGAGCUCAACGUGACCCACCUCUCCCUCUCCGGCUCCGGAUCCAGCCCUGACCCGUCUGAGCUCUCCAAGGUCGGAUUCUUCCUCUGCACCAUCGACGCGUGGGCGCACGUGCUUCAGCAAAUCGAGGACGCGCAGAUCAACUGCGUCCUCGGAUCCGACGCCAUCAAGCGGGUCUUCACCUUCGACCAACUCCCCACCCCAACCGCCUCCGCCUUCAAUUUCUCCUACGCCGAGUCCUCGGCCGAUCAGUACACGCUCAUCUUCGCUAACUGCCUCCCGCAGCUCAAGGUCUCGAUGAACGUCCGCUCCGCGAUGUACAACUUGGAAGGCGGCAGGUCCAACCGCCGCGAUUAUCUCUCCGCCGGUAAAACAAUUCUACCUAGGGUUUACUUCCUGCUCUCCCUGAUCUAUUUCAUUAUGGCCGCCGUUUGGAUCAAUGUUUUGUACAAGAAGAGAUCGACUGUUUUUGGAAUCCAUUUCUUUAUGUUGGCUGUGGUAUUGCUGAAAGCUUUGAAUUUAGUGUGUGAGGCCGAAGACAAAUCGUAUAUUAAGCGCACGGGAUCGGCGCACGGUUGGGAUGUGCUGUUUUACAUAUUCAGUUUCUUGAAGGGCAUUACUCUGUUCUCCUUGAUUGUGUUGAUCGGGACUGGAUGGUCGUUUCUGAAGCCGUAUUUGCAGGAUAAGGAGAAGAAGGUUUUGAUGAUCGUGAUUCCCCUUCAGGUUAUCGCGAAUAUAGCUCAGGUUGUGAUUGAUGAGACGGGGCCGUUUGGGCAGGAUUGGAUCGCGUGGAAGCAGGUGUUCUUGCUCGUGGAUGUCAUCUGCUGCUGUGCCGUGCUUUUCCCCAUUGUUUGGUCGAUCAAGAACUUGCGCGAGGCUGCCAAGACAGAUGGCAAGGCUGCAGUCAAUUUGAUGAAGCUCACUUUGUUUAGGCAGUAUUACAUUGUGGUCAUAUGCUACAUUUACUUCACUCGGGUUGUGGUCUAUGCUCUCGAAACUAUUACUUCGUAUAAGUAUUUCUGGACUAGCGUUGUUGCGGGGGAGUUGGCUACCUUGGCAUUCUAUGUGUUCACAGGGUACAAGUUCCGGCCCGAGGUCCAUAAUCCUUAUUUUGUGAUUGAUGAUGAAGAGGAAGAGGCAGCGGCAGAGCAAUUGAAGCUCGAAGAUGAGUUUGAGUUAUGAAAGGAUGUAGCAUUUGCAUCCUCCUCCUAGUGAAGAAUGCUCUCCACCCCUUAUACAGGUUGUCUAGUUCUUCCUCUGUGUAUCUUUUUCUUUUUUACUUUGAUUUUAUUUUUCGCCAUGGUUUAUAUAUACAUGAACUAGAUUUCAAAUUCACAAAGUUGGAUUGUGUCUUGUCAAUUUUGUUGAAGAAAAUGGAUAGAUGAGAACUCUAGAGAAUAAUGUUGUUAUAAAUCUCGUUGAUCUUGCUGUAUCUUAGUCUUUGUAUGAUCGAUCAUGACAUGGCUUCUGAUUCA